AUGGACGUAGAACAUCUGGAAACUGCGAAUGACGAUCCUCGAUGGAUCAAUACGAAUAACAAUUUUAAUGCAGAAGAAGAGUAUAAUGAUGAUAGUGAUCAUCAACCACUUCUUAAGCAGAAUAUUGAAUAUUCACCAAAAAAGAGAGUAUUCAUCGCAUGGGCAGAAACUUCAAGUAACAGUAGUAUAAAUGAACACCAAAAUCAACCUGAAACUGAAUUUCAGCUAUCUGUAAUAAAUAAUCAACCUACUGUCGCACUUGAACAACAACCUCAAAAACGAAAACGUUAUUCAUGGUUUAUUUUGAUUGUAUCUGUCAUACAGAUCUGUGUUUUUAUAGCAGAACUAAUAACAAACUGGGUUCUGACUGGUAGUCCGAUUAUGAACUUGUCUAGUAACCCUUUAUUUGGACCCAGUUCUAAAGUACUUAUUAGAAUGGGUGCUGGCUUUACUCCUUGUAUGCAUACGAUUGAUAACCUCACUGCUAAUAGUCUCCUCAAAUUCAGUUGUUUAAACAGUACAACACAAACUUAUCAGUACUGUACUCUUAAAGAAUUAUGUCAUUUUCAUGAUGAUUCUCAAAUACCGAACCAAUGGUAUCGUUUUAUCGCACCUAUUUUCUUACAUGCUGGUGUUAUUCAUAUUGGUAUGAAUAUAAUAACUCAACUUCUAUUCGGCUUAGUAAUUGAAAGAAAAAUUGGUACUUUCCGAUUAAUAGUCAUUUAUUUUGCAUCGGGUAUUUUUGGUUUAGUACUUGGAAGUAAUUUCGCACCAGAAGGUUUUGUUAGGAUUGGAUGUAGUGGUUCAGUAUUUGGACUUAUUGCAGUCGCUCACCUUGAUCUUCUCUAUAAUUGGGCUCACAAAAAGCAUCCAAUAAAAGACCUUAUUAUGAUAUUAAUAACUACUACAAUCGAUUUAUCAAUAGGUUUACUGCCUUACAUUGAUAAUUUUAGUCAUGCUGGUGGUUUCUUUAUGGGCAUUCUAUUGACACUUGCAUUAUUAGGUGCACCAACAAAUUUACGAAAAGGCAAUAUAAUAGAAUCAAACAUGUACGAUUAUGAUAAAUGGUAUAAUUUAGGAAGAUAUCGUCUUUAUUUCUCAAAUAGGCCAAAAAAGUGGUGGAUAUGGUGGUUAGUAAGAUUUAUAGCAUUUGUUACAGUCAUCACCUUAUUUACAAUACUUAUAAUAAACUUUUAUACAAGAAUGUUCAAAUGUUCUUGGUGUAAAUAUAUUAGCUGUUUACCUGUUAAUGGAUGGUGUGAUAUUGGAAAGCUAUAA